GUAACCGCAGUUGCACCGUUCUGCCUUCAGCUCCAGGAUGUUUCCCAUGGCCAGAAUCGCUCUAAGUCAUCUCGGAGUUCAAAGCAUUCCACAAACAAUGGCAAGGCAGAGUCACCAGAAAUGGGCACCUGAUUUCCAUGAUAAAUAUGGUAAUGCUGUAUUAGCUAGUGGAGCCACUUUCUGUAUUGCUGUAUGGGCAUAUACAGCAGCACAAAUUGGAAUAGAAUGGAACCUGUCCCCUGUUGGCAGAGUCACCCCAAAGGAAUGGAGGGAUCAGUAAUCCCAGCUGGUGUAAUAAUGAAUUGUUUCAAA